UAAACUUUAGCAACGUUUAAAAUAACUUGAACCUAAGACUUGUUUCCAAGAUGAAUCCUUCUCAAAUCUCGGGUAAAAGUUCUUCCGAACCAAGCACGAAGGAAAGUAGCAGACAGAGACGAGAGUUGGCGAAAAUUCAUGAUCCUUCUCAAAUCUCGGGUAAAAGUUCUUCCAAACCAAGCCCAGAGGAAAGUAGCAGACAGAAAGAAGAGUUGGCGGAGAUUCAAGAUCCUUCUCAAAUCUCGGAAAAAAGUUCUUCCAAACCAAGUGCAGUGGAAAGCAGCAAAGGUGGUAGCCCAUUAUUACCUGCAAGCAGGAGAGAGGGAGAGGACGAGAAAAUUCAAGAUUCUUCUCAAAUCUCGGAAAAAAGUUUUUCCGAACCAUGCGCAGUGGAAGGCAGCAAAGGUGGUAGCCCAUUAUUACCUGCAAGUCAGAGAGAGGGGGAGGAGGAGAAAAUUCAAGAUCCUUCUCAAAUCUCGGCGAAAAUUUCUUCCAAACCAAGCGCAGUGGAAAUCGGAAAUGGUGAUAGCCUAUCACCUGGAAGGCAGAAAUCGGAAGGGGCAAAAAGUGAAGAUUCUUCUCAAAUCUCGGGUAAAGUUUCUUCCAAACCAAGCGCAGUGGAAAGCAGCAGCAAGGGCGGCAGUCCUUCACCAGCUCAAGAGAGACAGAAGGUGGCAAAAAGUAAAGGCUCGGAUAUUCCCGGCACAUCAGGCAGUGAUCAGAGUGGACGUUCGGUUGAACAGAGAGGUGAGAGUAAAGAAUCCGUGGUUGAUCGAGGCUCGGAUAUUCCCGGCACAUCAGGCAGUGGUCAGAGUGGAUGUUCGGUUGAACAGGGAGCUGAGAGUAAAGAGACUGGAGUUGAUCCAGAUUCUUCUCAAAUCUCUGAAAAAAUUUCUCCCAAACCAAGUGCGGUGGAAAGCAGCAAGGGUGGCAGUCCAUCACCAGCUCAAGAGAGACAGAAGGUGGCGAAAAGUAAAGGCUCGAAUAUUUCCAGCACAUCAGGCAGUGAUCAGAGUGGGCGAUCGGCUGAACAGAGAGCUGAGAGUAAAAAGUCUGGAGUUGAUCAAGAUGCAACUUCACUCGCACAAUCUGAGGAAGAGGAGAGAGUGUCCAAUGUUCCACCACCCAAGCUCGGUGCAUCUCCAUUUGAUCCUCAAUUAGCUGAGCAACAUCCAGAGCCACAAGGGGCAACAGCAGGUGAAGAUGCAACUUCACUCGCACAAUCUGAGGAAGAGGAGAGAGUGUCCAAUGUUCCACCACC